AAUAACAGAUCUCGUUCAAAUCUCGUUUUAAAUCUCACUUGACAUUCCAUUUGUCAACCCUAGGUAUAUCCCCUUGUGUUUGUUUCACUAAAGUUAUACAAUGGCAUUAUCUGAAUCCCAAAUACCACCCGACGCCCAGCACUAUCUGGUGUGUGGUAUAGAAGACUGUGAGAGGAACUGCCAGUUCUACUGCAAUCCUUGUCACCAACCGAUGUGUGAACAAUGCAAGGAUGAACAUCAGAAGAGUCCAAAAACCAAGAACCAUGAAGUGGUCCCUUAUCGACAACGCAAACAUCAAAUUCCAGUGGUAAAAUGCAGUGAUCAUCCCACCAAGGAUAUAGACAUUCUCUGUGAUGAAUGCAAUGUGCCUUUAUGCUCCAAAUGUUCCACAAUGCAUGUCCACAAGGGGCAUUCCUUUACAGACCUGGAGACAAUUUAUACAGAAAAAUCUGUAGCAUGUCGUCAAGAAAUCCAAAAAAUUCAAACCUACUUCAUGCCAACAGCAAAAACUUUGCAAAAGGAAAUAAAAAUGGAUGCCACAGAAAUAAAGGCAGUCAUGGAUAGCAUAAGAUCAUCCAUGAGAGAUGAAGCCAAGACUCUCAAAAAACUAGUAGAUGAAGUGACAUCAGAUAAUAUAGAACAAGUCAACAAAAUGGAAGAGUCACUAAAAGAGAUGCUUCAUAGUCAAGACAAAACAUACCAAGAUUACAUCUCUUAUCUUGAGGACCUUGUCAAACAGUUCCAUGGCUACCUGUCCUCUACUCAACUUCAAAACAAUCCUAUCAUUUUCUCACUUUCUGAACACUUAAAAAUCCGACCCAUACCAGAGACUACCAAACCAGUCCCUCCAGUUUUUACCGCUGGUCAAUACAGCAAGGAGGAUGUUGCCAAACUACUGGGUAGAGUAACUGUUCCUGACACUAAACCAGAGAACAGAAAAAUAAAACCCAUGGAGACUGCUGUAUCUACACAGUUGAAACCUACAGGGAAACAGAGGAAACAAGACAGAGAGAAAUCUGAAGUGAAACAAUCACUGUCUCUGUCUCUGUCUUCCUCUGUCACCAAGGUCAGGGAGUACACAGUACCAGGUGUUAACAGGGUAUAUCAUGUAUCACUAGAUAAAUCAGGCAGACUCUGGGGCAGUGAUUAUGAAGGUAACCUUGUCCAAACAGAUCUACAGGGGAAUCAGCUACAGAAGAUACAAACCAGUGGUGAAUAUGGCUACCACACAGGCACACAGGACGGGGAUCUGAUCUAUAUAGACAAAAUCAACAAAGUCAUCAAUAGGAUAGCACUGGAUAAUACAAUCACUGAAUUUAUUAAAACAGAUUCAAAACCUGACAGCAUUCACUCCUCCCACAUCAACGGGGACAUACUGGUGGGAAUGUAUGGUAAAGUCACCAGGUACAACAAGAAAGGGAAAGAAAUACAGAACAUACAGAGGGACAACAAAGGGCAGGAACUGUAUAGUUAUCCAAUCUAUAUCACAGAAAACAUUAAUGGUGAUAUCUGUACAUCAGACUUAGUCAAACAUGCUGUAGUGGUGGUGAAUAAAUCAGGACAACACAGGUUUUCCUACACAGGUCAAGGGUCAAAGUUUCGUCCCUGGGGACUGUGCACUGAUCUCCUGGGUCACAUCCUGGUCUGUGAUCAUCACAGUGACACAGUUGAUCUUCUGGAUCAGGAUGGUCAGUUCUUGUGUCUACUACUCACAAAACAACAAGGGAUAACAUGUCCCUAUAGUAUGUGUGUGGAUGAUGAGAACAAUCUUAUUGUGGGACAAGGUAUUUCAAACAUACUGAGGAUGUACAAGUAUCUACAGUGAUGCAAUGUUAAACAGACAACUUGAUGAAACUAUUUACAUGUAUCGAUAUACUAUUGAGUUGUAUUAUUUACAGAAUAUAUUUACUUUUACAAGUUAUUCUAAUAAUUACAUUAUAAUAGACCUCUAUUUUGUUAAUAACCCCGGUAAUUUAUAUCUGCAGAAAACCUGAAAUAAAUGUGUGGUACAGCUGGUA